AUGAACAUCUUUAACCGGUUUUUACUUGCUAGCAAGGGAAGUAUCUCAGAGCAGCCCUUCUGCCCUCGGCGGACUUUGCUAACGAUCACCGGACCUGUACAGAGCGAGAGGCUACUAACUGCAGAGGCUGACCGAUCAGGUUUGCUGCUCGGAAGGAGUAAGUGUGCAGCUGCAGGGACUAAGGGACGGACCUCUCGGCUUGCUGUGAGUUGUGGAAAGAGACUAAGAGUUCCAGGGCAGGACAAGCACUGCCUCAGAGGUCUGAUCACCAACAUCAGUGACCCUAUCACUACUAAAGUCAGUCCUCAUGGUAAGAGCUGGGUUUCUAGUUCGUGGGGAAAACAAGCCCAGAAAGAGAGUGAAGGGAAGGAGAACAGUUACUGGGUUCAACCUCUGCUCAGCAGCCACAUCUGGGGCAACACUGUGCGCCUUUACCAAACCUACGAAGACUUCAUGGCCUCAGCAAACCACAAGGACUUUAUAUUUGCCUCAUCGUACAGCCAUCCCAACGCCAUUGAGGGUCCAAGUGCUGUGCUAUACAGUAAAGCUCUGUACUAUAACUGCUACCGCUCUGCAGACGUGUGCCGGUACGACCUGGAGGCCAACGAGGUCAAACGGGUGACUCUUCCAGGCACCGGUGUGGGUUUCAACAACAAGUUCCCCUAUUGUUACUAUGAUUGCCGGCUCAAUAGUGAUGUUGAUGUAGAGGCAGAUGAAACAGGACUGUGGGCUCUCUAUGCCACUCUAGGUAACCAUGGCAACAUGGUGAUCAGCCGAUUAGUUUGGGACAGCGAGGUGAGGAGUUUCAACGUGACACAGACGUGGGAAACGAGGCUGUUCAAGAAGGCAGUGAGCAACGCCUUCAUGGUGUGCGGUGUGAUGUACGCGACUCGUUACGUUAAUGAGUACCAGGAGGAGGUGUUCUACGCCUUCGACACAGCCACAGGCAAAGAAGACAACUCACUAGCAAUACGACUGGAGAAGGUAGCUAAAGGAGUGGCUAGUCUGAGCUACAAUCCCACCAACAAGCAGAUCUACAUGUACAACGAUGGAUACUUGCUGGCCUACCAGGCCUACUUCUGAUCUUAAGCUUUGUAGCUAGUUAUUGUCACAUGACCA